GCUGAGCUCGUGUGCGGUGGCAGCCGUGUUAGGAGCGGCUGCAGCAAAGCGUUUGGCGCGAUGUCUCACACCAUUUUGUUGGUACAGCCUACGAAGAGACCAGAAGGCAGGACUUACGCUGACUAUGAGUCUGUGAAUGAGUGCAUGGAAGGUGUUUGUAAAAUGUAUGAAGAACAUCUGAAGAGAAUGAAUCCCAACAGCCCCUCCAUCACAUACAGUAUCAGUCAGUUGUUUGACUUUAUCGAUGAUCUGGCAGAUCUCAGCUGUCUUGUUUACCGAGCUGAUACACAGACGUACCAGCCUUAUAACAAAGACAGGAUCAAAGAGAAGAUCUACGUACUCCUUCGUCGACAGGCCCAACAGGCUGGGAAGUAUUUGAGUUGGAAGCAUUGGGGGCUGAGGGUGGGCUUGGAACAGGUGCUUACAGCGUGCUGUAGUGAACAUUUUGUAUGAUAGUAAUCCUGUUUC